AUGGCUUCGACUACAGGCAUUCAUCAAGAUUACUCGGUGGUCGCGGAUAUAAGCGACCAUGAGCCUUUACUUGGUCGUCCAGGGGAUGUCGCUCAGAAAGAGGGCGAGAGUGUCGUUCGCAACCUCAUAACUGGAUACCAGUUGGCCGCGUUGGUCUGGUCGGGGGUUCUGUCGCAGCCGCUGUCACUUUUCUCGCCACACCCGAUGCUCAGCAUCUCCGCGGUUCUUCUGCAAGUCCAAGCCGCGCUCAUCGUCCAGCCAACCGUAACACCGGCACAGAAACACAACGGCGCCCGCAUCCACGCCGCAAUCCAGCUGCUCAGUGUCGCAUGCUUUAUAUCUGCAUUCACUAUCAUCGAGCUUAACAAGGGCGAUCACCCGCACUUCACCUCGCCGCACGGCAUCCUCGGCUUGACGACCUAUAUCUGCAUCGCGCUACAGACCCUUGGUGGCGUCGUGCAAUUCUUUGUCCCCAGUCUCGUACUCGGAAGUGUGGACGCAGGCAAAAGACUCUACAAGUACCACCGUAUCGCCGGAUAUGUUGUGCUUCUGCUGGAGAUGGCAGUUGUUGUGGCAGCGACGCAGACUGAUUACAACCUAACCACGUUGCGGAUCCCUCUGUGGGCUACUCUGGUUGCUAUUGUUUUGAUACUAGCUGGCGUGGGUGCCCGGAUUAAGAAACAUAAGUUGGGAUUCUGA